AUGGACGUACUUGGGUCCAUCGCCCAAGCUGUGCCGUCGGCCAACCUCACAUCCCUUCGACUUGUCAGCCGUCGAUGGUGCUGCGCUGUGGACAGAUUGGCCAUCAAUCGCGUGACCAUAUCCAGAAGAAAGCUGCCUUAUGUGGGCACGAUGGGGGAUGCUCUAUGUGCUCUGGGCACCAGAUUUGACGGUCUCCGGGAGCUGAAGAUCGACGUCGCAGCAUUUGGUGCUAAGUUUCCUGCCACAGUGGUGGUGCCCAAGGGCCAAGUGGAGCAGAUAAAGGCAGCGAUUGGGGCACCUUGGCUCGGAGACCCCACCCACAUCUUUGGCCUUGUGCAAUCUCUGACUGCCCUUGACCUCUCCUACACGCUUGUUGGCAGCGAAGUCUUUGCUCAGCUGUCGGCAUUCGCUAAGCUGAGGCACCUGGACUUGUCCCGUACGGGCAUGGAGAGCAGCAGCCUGGCAGGCCUGGCUGGACUCACAAGGCUGACAGAGCUCAACCUGGAGGGGUGCAAACGUGUUGGAGAUCAAGGCAUGGCAGCCCUCGCCACCCUUACUGCCCUCAUUUCCAUUGACCUCAGCAACACCUCCGCCGGGGAUGACGGAGCCAUGCACCUCUCCUGCUUGACCUGCCUCAGAUCGUUCAUUGCCACUGGCACUGGCAUUGGCACGGAGGGCAUCUCUCAUCUGUCUGCAUGCACGGGGCUGACAUGUGUACGCAUUCACCAGACAGGCUAUGCAGGACAGGAAGAUGCAGCCUUGUUGCUGGCCCACAGCCAGCUCAGGUGUCUCUUCCUGGGUUCCUGCAAGCAGAUCACCAAUCUGCACUGCCUGUCCUCCCUCACCCACCUCACAGCACUGAAUCUGAAUAUCCCGCACACUGGGGCAGAGGGGCUGACCUUCCUUCCUUCAUUGUCCGGCCUGACGAGUCUGGAUCUGAGUUGCGUGGACUUGGGCGAUGCACUGGGGUUCACCUGCUUGGGAGCCUUGACAGGUCUCACCUGGCUGGACUUGGAUGCCACCAGCCUGACCAAUGAAGAUGUGGCUGAGCUGGAGCACCUGACAGCACUCAGGGCGCUUUCCCUCGCCGAGGUCCGGAUCAGCAAAGAUGGCAUUGCCAACCUGUCCAGCCUGUCUGCCCUGGAGGAGCUCAACUUGGCGGGCACCCUCACCACCAGUGAUGCCAUUACACUGCUGGUUGUGCUCACCCGGCUGAGGUCCAUCAACUUGUGUUACACGCCCCUGUUUAACAAGGGCAUCUGGCUGGUGGCCUCGCUCAGUGGGCUCAAGUCACUGGACCUCAGCUCCACCCAGAUCGACAUGGUGGCCAUGCAGCAUCUGCUUGCGCUUACCCUUCUGGAGUGCCUGCACUUGGAGAGCACAGGGAUGAGCGACUUGGUGGCAGGCUCACUGACGUGCCUGGCCCGCCUGAAGCUGCUCAGCGUGGCUAACAACCCCGUUGGCAAUGCUGCAUUGGCGAAUUACUCAUUCCUCAGUGCCCUCGAAUGCCUGAGCCUGAAGGGGACCAGGGUGGGCAGAGUGGGGAUCAUGUGCCUGUCGGGCCUGUGCAGGCUGCACACCCUAAACCUGUAUGGCACGGGGGUGGAUGACUCAUGCCUGGAGGCCAUCUUGGGGAUCGCCAGCCUGACAACGGUUGACCUUGAGGGCACGCAGGUGGAGCAGUUCGAUGCCCUGGAGACACUGAACAUGCGGAACACGAUGAUGGGGUUUACAUGGUCGAUGACGCCCGCGGAUGCAUGGACUGAGCCCUGA